AUGCAGAAGGCCGGCUUGAUCACAAGCUUCGGGGCUGGUAUUUUCACCUGCGUCGCCAGCGUCAUCUCAGUCCUGAGAAUUACCAGCGUGGCUGGAAUUGUUUUGCGACUGUGUACCACUUCUUCGAUCGCUCCUGGUCCAGGCAGGGAUGCCUCGAAUUGGACAAAAAGGCUCCUACAGACCACUCUGAGGAGUCACCAACCACUCGGCGCUCGAAGAGACCUUACAUACAGUAUGCCUCCGCAGUCGCCAACAUGCCCAGCAACACCACAACGGCCCAUGUACACGAAGUUGGGUCCCAUGCCACCGCUACCAAGUAAGAGACAAAGGGUAGCUCAGAAGCAGAAUUACAACGUUGCAAAUGCCUACACCCAUCUGGAGCUCGGUAUAGAGAAGGAGGCCGAGAGUGACCUCCACAAUGAUGCUGCGCGUGGCGCAGUGUAA